AUGGCAGUCAAGGCUCCAUGGCUGGCUCUCUUGCUUCUGGUUUCCCUCUGGGGGCCGUCAGCUCCAGCCUUGCUUCUCAGGCGUCUGAGAGAACACAUUCAGAGGUUUCAGGAGAGCUCUAACCUCCAGCUGGGCUUUGGUCUUAGCCAGGGUCUUGUGACUGUCCCCAAACAAGGGUGGUUAGAGCAGCCACUGGAUCCCUUUAACGCAUCUGACAGAAGAACCUUCCUGCAGCGAUACUGGGUGAAUGACCGACACAGAACUGGCCAAGAUGCACCAGUCUUUCUGCACAUAGGGGGUGAGGGCAGCCUUGGGCCUGGCUCAGUGAUGGCAGGGCAUCCUGCAGCACUGGCCCCUGCCUGGGGCGCCCUGGUGAUAAGCCUGGAACACAGAUUCUACGGUCUGAGUAUGCCUGCUGGGGGCCUGGAUACGGCCCAGCUUCGCUACUUGUCCAGCCGCCAUGCAUUGGCUGACGUGGCCUCGGCCCGCCAGGCGCUCACCCGCCUCCUCAACGUGUCCGCCUCCAGCCCCUGGAUCUGCUUCGGAGGUUCCUACGCUGGCUCGCUGGCCACCUGGACCCGGUUGAAGUUCCCCCACCUAGUCUUCGCCGCCGUCGCCUCCUCGGCACCGCUCAGCGCCGUGCUGGACUUUCACGCCUACAACGAGGUGGUGGCCAGAAGCUUGACACAAGUGGUGAUAGGUGGAUCGCUGGAGUGCCUGGCGGCGGCCUCCGCAGCCUUCGCGGAGGUGGAGCGGCUUCUGCGCUCAGGCCCGGCAGCUCAGGCAGUGCUGAAGGAGGAGCUGGGCGCCUGUGGGUCGCUGGACCGCACUGAAGAUCAGGGAGAGUUGCUGGGGGCGUUGCAGGCGCUGGUGGGAGGCGCCGUGCAGUACGACGGGCAGGCGGGAGCUCCGCUGAGCGUGCGCCAGCUCUGCGGACUCCUCGGGGACUCCAGCAACGGCAGUCACUCCACGCCCUACCUCGGGCUUCGCCGGGCGGUGCAGAUAGUCUUGCGCAGCAUGGGCCAGAGGUGUUUAAGCUUUUCCCGGGCAGAGAUAGUGGCACAGCUGAGAACCACCGAACCUCAAGUGUCUGGCGUGGGGGACCGGCAGUGGUUGUACCAGACGUGCACUGAGUUUGGCUUCUAUGUCACCUGUGAGGGUCCUCCCUGUCCUUUUUCCCAACUCCCAGUACUGCCCUCCCAGCUCGAUCUGUGUGAACAAGUGUUCGGUCUCUCAGCUGCAUCUGUUGCCCAGGCUGUGGCCCAGACAAACUCCUAUUAUGGUGGCCAGACCCCAGGAGCCACCCAAGUUCUGUAUGUUAAUGGGGACACCGAUCCCUGGCAUGUGCUGAGUGUAACCCAGGACUUGGGCCCCUCUGAGCCAGCUCUUCUAAUUCCUGGGGCCUCCCACUGCUUUGAUAUGGCACCUGUGAGGCCUUCAGACUCUCCCAGCCUCCGCCUGGGGCGCCAGAGAAUCUUCCAGCAGUUACAGGUCUGGCUUAAAGCUACCAAGAAGAACCAGGAUUGAUGUGGGAUCUAAACUCUGCCCUUCCGCAGUCCCAAUGUGGCAACUGCCUCCUGGCACUUUUUCUACAAUGUGCGGAGGAAAGCAGCUGGGUUGGAGGAAGGAAGUUUCUAGACUUGGGACUUAGUGCCUGUUCUGCAUGUUCAUGCUCCAGUUGUCCUCAUUGCCACCUAGAAGUUGGCACAGAUCCGUGUGAGUGUAGGCGAAUGACUACUGGCCGUGUAGGCAUCCAUAGUCCAUAUGGUAAAUGUCAGGGAAAUACGGCUCUCCACGCUGGAGCCUUCUCCAAGGUCGGAAUCUGACUUGGAUUCUGCCCUCUUGCUUCUGGUCUGGGCACCUCCUUCACACGACUCUGCACUCCCCGAACUGAACUUGGAAUCACCAUGGAAACCACUCUGGACUGUGUGUGAGGACAUUUCCACCUAUGUGAUGCUGAAAAGACUCUCCUGAAGUGGUGGUAACAUCCCAUCCCUGAGGUCCCAACUGAAUAAAAAGGGAAGCUGAGCGCCAGCAUUCAUCUCUGCUUUCUGAUGUGGCCAUGAUGAGACCAGUUGUCUCGUGCCCCUGCCGCCAUACCUUUGCCACUAUGAUGGGCUGUAUCCCCUACUGUGAGCCAAAUCAAACCUUCCUUGCCUAAAUAUUUCUUAUUAGUUACUGGGUCGCAGCAGUAGGAAAUGGAGAGAACGCAGUCUGUUUCUGUCUUCCCAGUGUUUCUUCUCAGU